AUGAUGCACGCAUUAGACGCUUCGCAAGCUUCUGUAGAAGGAUUAGCAAAACACGACAUUUUAAAAGAUGUCAUUAAGGAUAUCAACUUUAAACCUUGGGGGUAUAUCACUGGUCAAUUUAGUGUUAAUGCCCCAAUAAGUAUGGGUAAUACUUUAGAUAUUGAAGAGACAAAAUUGAGACCACAGUUACAAUUUGUUGCUGAUCCAAAGGAGAGUGGUAUUCCCAAGAUUAAUGACAGUGAUCUAUUCACUUUGGUAAUGACUGAUCCAGAUGCUCCUUCUAGAACUGAUAAGAAGUGGUCUGAGUUCUGUCACUACAUUGAAGGUGAUAUUAAGCUAUUGCAAGAAAAUCAACAUACUACUGGUGGUGUAGUUACUGAUCCUCAAUUUUUUGCUACUAGCAUUGCAAACGGGAAUGUACUACAAUCGUAUCAUCCACCUGGUCCACCAAAGGGUACAGGCAAGCAUAGAUAUGUAUUGAUCCUAUAUAAACAGCCACCUCGUACUUCAAGUAGCCAAUUUACAAAAGUUACUGGAAGACCUAAUUGGGGGUAUGGGACUCCUGCUACCGGUGUUCAUAAAUGGGCCACUGAAAAUAAAUUAGAACCAAUUGCUGCUAAUUUUUUCCUAGUUCAACAACCUUGA